UCUCGGUGCCAUCCCCACGCCGGGAGGGGCUGAUUCAAAGGCCGUAGCACCUGGUGGAGUUUGGGUGACGGCCGUUCCCGCGCGUCCGUCCAGAAUUGGAGGGCGGCCUGCAGAGAUUUGGAAAAUGGCAGCAAAUGAAAGUGUCAGCAUCUUUAGCUCAGCAUUCCUGGCUGUGGAAUAUGCAGAUUCUCUUCUCCCUGAGAAUCCCCUGCAAGAACCAUUUAAAAAUGCUUGGAACUACAUGUUGAAUAAUUAUACAAAGUUCCAGAUUGCAACAUGGGGAUCCCUGAUCGUCCAUGAAGCCCUUUAUUUCUUAUUCUGUUUACCUGGAUUUUUGUUUCAAUUUAUACCAUACAUGAAAAAGUACAAAAUCCAAAAGGAUAAGCCAGAAACAUGGGAAGGCCAGUGGAAAUGUUUUAAAGUUAUUCUCUUCAAUCACUUUUGUAUCCAGCUCCCUUUGAUUUGUGGAACCUAUUAUUUUACAGAAUAUUUCAAUAUUCCUUAUGAUUGGGAAAGAAUGCCGAGAUGGUACAUGCUUUUGGGACAGUGCUUUCUCUGCGCAGUGAUUGAGGAUACCUGGCAUUACUUCAUCCAUAGACUCUUACACCACAAAAAACUAUAUAGACAUAUUCAUAAAGUACAUCAUGAAUAUCAGGCUCCAUUUGGAUUAGAAGCAGAAUAUGCACACCCCCUGGAAACUUUAAUUCUUGGAACUGGAUUUUUCAUUGGAAUCAUGCUUCUAUGUGAUCAUGUGAUUUUACUCUGGGCAUGGGUGACCGUUCGCUUGUUGGAAACUAUUGAUGUCCAUAGUGGCUACUAUAUUCCGAUCAACCCUUUAAACCUCAUCCCUUUCUACGCUGGUUCUCGGCAUCAUGAUUUUCACCACAUGAACUUCGUAGGAAACUACGCCUCAACAUUUACGUGGUGGGAUAAACUUCUUGGAACAGAAUCUCAAUAUGCUGCCUACAAAGAAAAGAUGAAGAAGCUUGAGAAAAAGACUGAGUAAAUAUUUCAUAUAAACCUUUCUGAAGAUUUUCCUGACUCAAAAAGCUAGUAGCUAACAUUGCUUCUGGGGAUCAGAAAUAAGCAUGUGUGUUGGCUGCUAAGUGAUUAGAAGACCAUUAAUUAUCUUUAAUUAUCUUCCUAGUGGGAACUUUUUCUACUUUACAUACAAGUUCUGUAUGUGUAGAAAUAAGCAAAUAUUUAAGUAUAAUUUUCAUGAGCCUUUUUUAAAGACCAGGUUGCUGACCUUAUCAAAAGGCUUUAAGUAAUGAAAGAAGUAUUAAUCUGUCCUUCCCACCAGUAAUACAACAGGCCUAGUAUUGAAUUUGGUCUUGAAGUCUUAAAUAUAGAGUGGUCCAAACACUUAGAAGUGUGUUGACCUCAUAUUGAAUUUCAAAUAUUUUUUGAAUUUGCUUAAAGAUCAGAAUACCAUGGUCGAGUGAAGUCAGUUGAUAGUGUGAGUGAGGCCCUGGCCCAGGGGAGCUGGCACCAGGAAUAACCACUCUUGUCUGGGGCUGACCAAUUCAGAGUGAUUCUCUUUCUUGAAGAAAUCCUUUUUGAUCACAGCGUACUACUGGCAUCUAUAAAUUAAGGCAUUUUUGUGCCCAUCUGAGUGAAGUAUUUUCAAAGUCAAAUGGUUUUCGGGUUACUUGAAUUUUUUGAAAUAUGGAGCUUUAUUUACCCUUUCAUUUAUAUAUAUCAAGUUACAUUAUACUUAAAGCUGUGUCUUGGAAUUUUGUGAACUGACUUGGUAUCUUUGCACUUGGAGCUGUUAAAAUAAAUGAUUUUUGUCUGAUUA